AUGGUUAAGGCUCAAAACACUGGCUCCACCUACUACAACUGCACCCACUACAACGCUGGCUCCACCUACUACAACUGCACCCACUACAACUACAGCGCUACCUACCACAACUACACCCACUACAACUCCGGGUCUACCUACCACAACUGCAGCCACUACAACUACGGGUCUACCUACCACAACUGCACCCACUACAACUCCGGGUCCAUCUACCACAACUACACCCACUACAACUCCGGCUCCACCUACCACAGCUGCACCUGCUACAACUCCAGCUCCACCUACCACAAAUGCACCGACUACAACUCCAGCUCCACCUACAGGCCUACCUACCACAACUGCACCCACUACAACGCUGGCUCCACCUACCACAACUGCAGCCACUACAACUACAGGUCUACCUACCACAACUGCACCCACUACAACGCCAGCUCCACCUACCACAACUGCAGCCACUACAACUACGGGUCUACCUACCACAACUACACCCACUACAACUCCAGCUCCACCUACCACAAAUGCACCGACUACAACUCCAGCUCCACCUACAGGUCUACCAACGCUGGCUCCACCUACCACAACUGCAGCCACUAUAACUACAGCCUUGGAAUCACUGGCACAUGUGCAGGUCAAGUUAAGGUCCAGUGGAGAGAUCAGCAAUGCAACCAUCAUCGAAUUUAUUAAAAGGGUCAUUAGAGACCAGCUCCUGAAUGGAAUACCCCACACAGUCACAGUAACAAACAUUCAAAGGACUAAAGUUGGCCCCUAGAAACUUCACUGACAAAAAUAGUCAGAAGUGGAUGUAUAGACAGUGAUUUAGAGUUAUAGUGUUGGUAUUGUUUUAACACAACAAAAGGGAUUUCACCAAUCAACAAUCAACAAUUGUGUUUGGGGAUUCACAGGAAUUCACAGGAAUGUGAAUAGUGGUGUACAUUUGGAAUCAAAUUACUUACAACACACAAUAGUUCAAAGUUCAAAUUAAGCAAUAUGAUCUGUCAAAGAGGUUUUGUGUAUAUAUGUAAAUAAAGCCUUGUAACCAAGAAACUGGUAAAGUAGUAAACUGUGUUUCAUACACACACACACAUACUCUAAAGCAGGGAAAUGUCUGUCAAGUAUUACUGACAAAAUGCACUUUUGCAUCUGUUGAAUAUUGUUCAAGUAGUAGUAGUGUCUGCUAUGUGAUCUUAAGACAUACAUUAAUGAUUAAGUGUGUAUAUUUAUUUGUGUUUUGUUAUUGUUUUUCUGUUUCAGUCUAUUGCCCAUUUGAUAAACUCUUGUAUUGAGUUUACUAAGUGUGUAAUACAUAAAAAUGUAUAAAAGGUGACACAUUUCAGCAGGAUAAACUCAGUAAUCCUAAAUUUAGGCCAGUAUGUGUCACUUAUUCACUCUUAUUCUUUUGCAGUAAGGCUAUGCAAUUUGCAAUUUUACAUCUACAGACAAAAUGUGUUUCUUCUGUCACUGAUUUAAAUAUUUUUUCUAAUGAAUAUUUUUGUAUUAAAAUAAUUAUUGUUCUAACAUAUUAGACCAAACUAUUAUUUUGAGACAUUCUUGUACUGUCAUAGCCAAACAUUUAUAGACUCCUGUUUUUUCUUAGCUGUAACACUAGAUUUUUAUAACAUAAUGUUGCAGUUAUAUUUUAUGUUUUAUUAUGCCCUUUUGGAAGAUGAAUAAAGACAUAUCUCUUUAAA